GGUUUACAGGAUACUUGUUCUCUACUCAAAAGUUGUAAGUGGUUAGUAGGAUAUGUAACUUGUAUCUAUUUUAAGGAUAAUACUAUAGCAUUUUAAGAGAAUAUGGAAACAUUUUAUGAGCAAAACGCUGCUUGUUUGCAAAUGAGGAGGCCGCUAGGCAUUUGCCUCCAACCACAACCUUUCUCAGGUUUCGCCUUUAUUUUUUUCUUCUUAACCCUGAUUUGCUUCAUUCUGGAGGGGUGAAUGGGGUUUCAUUUAUCUGGAUGUUCCUCUUUGAAAGCCGUGGUGUUGGAUGGUACUUUCUUCGCCUUGCGGAGCUGGGUCCCUGAAGUCAGGCCUAGCUCCGCUGGAGCUGAGAUGAUCAGGGGCAGCAGGCUAUGGCUGGACCCAUCGAGUUGCAGAGCUGGAGGGCCUCAUCCCAGAUCUCCUCGAGCGGUUCAGCGAGGAAGAAUGCCUCCAACCCAGCCCAAUCCAGGCCAGUACGCACUCACCAACGGGGACCCCCUCAAUGGCCACUGCUACCUGUCUGGCUACAUCUCGCUGCUGCUGCGCGCCGAACCCUACCCCACGUCGCGCUAUGGCAGCCAGUGCAUGCAGCCCAACAACAUCAUGGGCAUCGAGAACAUCUGCGAGCUGGCCGCGCGCCUGCUCUUCAGCGCCGUCGAGUGGGCCCGCAACAUCCCCUUCUUCCCGGAUCUGCAGAUCACCGACCAGGUGUCCCUACUCCGCCUCACCUGGAGCGAGUUGUUCGUGCUCAACGCGGCCCAGUGCUCCAUGCCGCUGCACGUGGCACCGCUGCUGGCCGCCGCCGGCCUGCACGCCUCGCCCAUGUCCGCCGACCGCGUCGUGGCCUUCAUGGACCACAUCCGCAUCUUUCAGGAGCAGGUGGAGAAGCUCAAGGCUCUGCACGUCGAUUCCGCAGAGUACAGCUGCCUCAAAGCCAUCGUGCUCUUCACGUCAGAUGCCUGUGGCCUGUCGGAUGCCGCCCACAUCGAAAGCCUGCAGGAGAAAUCACAAUGCGCACUGGAGGAAUAUGUGAGGAGCCAGUAUCCCAACCAGCCCAGCCGCUUCGGCAAACUGCUGCUGCGACUGCCCUCGCUCCGCACCGUGUCCUCCUCUGUCAUCGAGCAGCUCUUCUUCGUCCGUUUGGUAGGUAAAACCCCUAUUGAAACUCUCAUCCGAGAUAUGUUACUGUCUGGGAGCAGCUUCAACUGGCCUUACAUGUCCAUCCAGUGCUCCUAGACCUUGGGUGCUUCCUGCCUGCCCCUGCCCCCACUAGAAACUCAGAGGACUCAUCCGGGCCAAGGACUCCAACGCCUCGGGGAUUCUCCGGGUGUGGAGGACCAGGCAGGCCAGGCAGACCAGGCAGGGGAAAGAAUGCUGGGGACAGGAGCAGCCCACCCUGCAGAAAUGCAACUGGAGCUGCAAACCAGGAGAAAAAGAAACUCUUUUAGGAUCAGAUCUAUAAGCACGUUGCAAAGGAAAGAAAAAAGGAUCUUAUGUCUGGUGAGAAAAUGAAAACAUUUUUUUGGAAGAGAGGACCAUAAGAAUUUUAAUAAAACAGAAGGAGACCAAUGGACCUUCCAGGAUUUAUUGUGGACGGAUGUGGAUAUAUUCUGUACAGAAAAACAACACAUAUGGAAAUGGACUGAAUCCUAUGUAGAAACACACAUCACACACACACACACACACACACACACACACACACACACACUGAACAUUGUUAUUCAUUUUGUAAAAUACUAGUCUUUAUUUUCAUUUUUUUGUAAAAUUUAAACAUCGUAUGCGCAUAAAGAAAAAAAGGAAACAAGAAUUAGGGGAAAAUAACAUUUUCCAAAUAAUUAUAAAAAAUUUGUCCUGUGUCUAUGUAUCUAUAUCUGUUUUGUAUUUUUUUCUGGUUCCAAACCAGAUUUCCUGUGAUUCUAUACUAAUAAUUUUUGAUAUAACCCUUUGCUUCUUAUAAUGAGUGCGAUAUAUGUUGUCGAGGCUGUUCUUCAAGAAUUAAAAUUGAAGUGAAAAUUUAAACAAAAAUAAAAGAAUUUAGCAAAACC